UCCUAAUAAAGUGCGAUUAUCCUCUACAUUUUCAACACUACAUUAUCUGUUUCUCAUACACACCAAUUUACUCCCUAUGACAAAGAUCAUAAAGAAUAAGAGGCUCUCACCAUCAAACCAUCGUAAGCAUCAUAAGGGAUAUGGCACGCACCCCGAUGACGUUCACAGUGGGGUGCUGAUACCAACCACCCGCCCACGUCUCGACGCCUGUCGACGCCGGUCUAGCGACUAACGCAAUCGGUCAGAACACGCGGUACUAACGUCGCAAGAGGACUCACAGUCGACAUUGUCGACAAACGUCGCGACGUCGGACCGGUUGCAUUCAGUCGUAGUAUUCCCCACUUUAGAUUACGUCGAUCAUCCGAGUUUCGAUCUUGCUUGAUGGAAGCAAAAUCUCGGUGCAUUUUCCAAUGCCGUCGUUAAGGACCUUUCGCAUCGAGUUCGACCGGCCGGGCGCUACUUACGCACCUGGUGAAAUCGUUACCGGCGACGUCAUCGUUGACCUGGCCAGAGAGAAGACAAUCCGAGCGCUGAAAUUGUCGAUUAAGGGAGAAGCUAACGUUAGCUGGGAGAGAAAAAGAUCGACCAAGGAUUCCCAAGGACGCAAUCGCACCCAGACUGAUCAUUUCCGAGCAAGCGAACAGUAUUUUAACUUGACUUAUUACCUAUUAGGAAAUACAGCAGGCAAUGGGGAAGUACGAGUGCCAGCGGGGUUUCAUAGAUACUCAUUUAAUUUUUCAUUACCCUAUAAUAUACCAUGCAGUUUCGAACAUACAAACGGUCACAUCAGAUAUACGAUGAAGGCUGUUAUUGACCGACCCUGGAGAUUUGAUCACGAGAGUAAAAUUGCGUUUACUGUGGUCUCAUCUUACGAUUUGAACGCUCACAGUCAUCAAUGUAUCGGCGCAGAUGAUGAAGUGAGUGAAAGUUUUUGUUGUUUCUGCUGUUUCAACUUGGGUUCGAUGAAGCUACGUAUCAGAAUACCGACAACAGGGUUCGUUCCAGGACAAUCGAUAGAAACUAUGGUCAACCUCAAUAAUACCAGCAGUGUCAAUGUAACAAAGAUCUGUGUUAAAUUGGAACGAUCCUUGGAAUUUCAUGCGAGAUCACCGUAUAGUUCGACCAAGACAGAUAAAGCGAUUUUAAAAGCUGAGCAAAGAAUGGGACCAUUUGGCGAACAAGCUGACAUUCCAUCACGAUUACAGGUUCCGCCAAUACCGCCAUCCCAUCUCGAAUAUUGCAGUAUAAUAGAUCAGAAAUAUUCCUUGCGCAUUACCAUCCAUGUCUCUGGAACGCAUUGCAGCAUUACCAAAGUUUACCCGAUCUUGAUCGGAACAAUUCCAUUACACUCUACUAUUUCAUCUGCAUCUUAUAUACAAACUGUGCAACAGCCCACAGCUCCUGUAAUGCAAUACGAUUAUGAUCCACCGCCGCCGAUGCCGUCUCCAGACUAUGUACCACCAAAUACGCCUUAUCCUCAAAUGAUAGGUUUUGCCUCGCCAAAUCAACCCAGCACGUCGACUAACCCGUGGGACAUACCACCGCCAUCGUAUGAAGAAUGUAUGCAAAGAGCGGAUAGUAUCAAAGAUGAAGAUGAGUCAAAUUACGUGCAUGGUGCUAAUGAACCUUUCGCACCAAGAUACCCAGUCUUCAAUUUCACAACAUCACAUCCACCUAAAAAAUAAUC